GGAAUCUGCCACGAGCAACUACCUCAUCAUAUUCCACAUCCUCGUCCUCACGCUUUUUUCGCCAACGCCAACCCUCUCGAAUCCCGAAAUAGACACAAACCAUAUGAGAUUUCACGAACGAGCAGGCACCAAAGUGUCGGCCACUGAAACGCUCGCCCAAAGGUUUAAUGGGAAAUCGACGGAACCGAGGAAUUAGUGCGAAGGAAAGGAAAGGUCGAAUCGGCGAAAGUCAAGCGCAUGAACGGAUAUCCUCCCAAGGAACCCAGAGUCCUUCUUGAUUGGAUCGCAGAGGUAAGUUCGUAUAGAAGAGCUGGGAUUCUGGUUUUCGUGCCAUGAAUGGGUUUAUUGAGCUCGAGGAGCUUGAAGAGAUUGCAGGAGCUUCUCGAACUCCUGAAUAGUCUCCUUCUGAUCCUUAAUCCCAGCGAGACUGUCGUCGAAAAGCUCAUUGAUUCGAGCAAUAUUAGCGAUAGACAUGGAGUCACAAAGGUGGGUGGACCGUUGCGAUCGCUCAAGAAGAAGGGUGUAACGAGUCAGGAGAUCGCCGAGAAAACCGGCUGAAACACUGAUGAUUGCAGGAACCAUGAGAGGGUUGUUGAUGUCGACUAUUAUGAAUUUUCUCAGCUUCAAUAAUUCCACAAACGUAACGAUCAAUAUGGCCGAGGGGUAAAGAGAAAUGGCGUAAAGGGCAAAAUAAAGGAGGUGGUAUGUGGCCCAGGACAUUGGGCGCUUUCUUGCCGAGGAGCCGCAGUAUCUAGGCUUUGGUCUCUUGGGGGGAUUCAUCGUGAAGGACGGAUAAGC